UGGCUGGAAUGGGCCGUGAAGGAGUACGGGCUUCCCGAGGUGGACCUGUCUCUCUUCCACAGCAUCGACGGGAAGGAGCUCUGCAAGAUGAGCAAAGACGACGUCCAGCGCCUGACCAGCAGCUACACGGCCGAGAUCCUGCUGUCUCACCUGCACUACCUCAGAGAGACUCCACUUCCUCACUUGACUUCAGAUGAUGUUGACAAAGCCUUGCAAAACUCCCCGCGGUUAAUGCAUGCUCGCAAUACAGGAGGAGCCAGCUUCAUCUUCCCAAACACCUACCCUUCAGACGCCAGCAGAGCAGACGUGAGUUUCCACAGCCGGCGCUCUGGAUGGACUCAGCCGGCGUCUGCAGCUAAAGAUCUGUAUCAGAUUUUAGGGCCGACAAGCAGCAGACUGGCGAAUCCAGGUUCGGGUCAGAUCCAGCUGUGGCAGUUCCUCCUGGAGCUUCUCUCCAACAGCUCCAACUCGUCCUGCAUCACGUGGGAAGGAACCAACGGCGAGUUCAAGAUGACGGAUCCGGACGAGGUGGCGCGGCGCUGGGGCGAGAGGAAGAGCAAGCCCAACAUGAACUACGACAAGAUGAGCCGAGCCAUGCGCUACUACUACGACAAGAACAUCAUGACCAAAGUGCACGGCAAGCGCUACGCCUACAAGUUCGACUUCCACGGCAUCGCGCAGGCCCUGCAGCCGCAUCCGCCCGACUCCUCCAUCUACAAGUACCCCGCUGAGCUGUCCUACAUGAGCACGUACCCGCACCCGCAGAAGAUGAGCUUCGUGUCUCCACACACUCAGGCCAUGAACGUCGCCUCGUCCGGCUUCUUCGGCGGCCCGGGUCCGUACUGGAACGCUCCGGCGGCGGCGGGAAUCUACAGCGGACCGCGACACCCCGCCGCGCACAUGCCCUCGCAUCUGGGCUCCUACUACUAGACAUCUCAAACAUCUCAAGAACACACCAGACUGGAGAGAGCAAACCGUGCGCCGCCGCCGGAGAAAACAUCUGCGAUCCGCUCGCAGAUCCAGGAGUUUAGCGGGAAUGUGAAAGUGUAAACGGGGCUGUUAAUGAGCCGCUGCAUGAGCAAGUACUUACUGGUCUAUAUGUGACCCUGCAGCACAAAAGCAGUGUUAAGUCGCUGGGGUAUAUCUGUAGCAAUAG